AUGAGACAUCUCAAAGGCGAUGCCGCGGAUCACCAGCACCCCGGAGGAGCGCCUUCCGACGCCUUCCGCGAGGAGUCGCACCAGAUGCCCCUGCUGGAAUCACCCCGGAACAACCUGUGCGGAGGAGGAUGCCUCGUCGCGGGUACAGCUUUUGAGGGCUUGGAGCCUGAGACGCCCAGCUCGGUGGGCGCCAGCGAAGCGGACUGGCUGCGCGCAAAGCGCGAGGAGGACGAAGAGUAUCUGCUCUACCUCAAGAGCCAGUCCGCUGACGGCGUUCCGCUGGUGAAGCUGUGA